AUGAGCCCAGAUCUGAACUGUAUUCCGUCUUCUCUGCUCAGAAGUGAACCGUGCAUCAACUCUUUGAUAGCGAUUUUGACUGUUUGUGGGCAGCAACUAUUUUCCUCUUACACGUUCAGUUGUCCGUGUCAAGUUGGAAAAAAUUUCUAUUAUGGUUCAGCUUUUCUCGUGGUUCCUGCCUUGAUUCUUCUGAUUGCUGGCUAUGCUCUACGAGGUCAAAUGUGGGCAGUUGCCAGCGAGUACUGCUGCUGUAGCUGUACCCCUCCGUAUCGGAGAAGCAGCCCUUUGGAGAGGAGGCUGGCCUGCCUCAUGUUCUUCAACAUCACUGGGAGGGCUCUGGUCGCUCCGCUGACAUGGCUGACAGUGACCCUGCUGACAGGUACCUACUAUGAAUGUGCAGCAAGUGAGUUCGCCUCUGUGGACCAGUACCCGAUGUUUGCCAAUUUCACUCCUAGCAAACGGGAAGAGAUGCUAGCUGGAUUUCCAUGCUAUACAUCAGCUCCCUCUGAUGUGAUUCCAAUAAGAGAUGAAGUGGCUCUUCUACACAGGUAUCAGUCACAGAUGCUGGGCUGGAUUCUGGUCGUUUUGGCAACCAUUGCUCACCUGGUCUCUAAAUGUCUGGCGAGAUGUUGCUCUCCCCUCACCUCUCUGCAGCAUCACUACUGGGCCAACCACCUCCACAAUGAGAGAAUGCUCUUCAAGCAAGCUGCCGAGGAGCAUUCCCGACUUCUUAUCAGACAUAGAAUCAAGAAAGUGUUUGGCUUCAUUCCUGGGAGUGAAGACGUCAAACAUAUUCGCAUCCCUUCGUGUCAGGACUGGAGAGAAAUUUCCGUACCCAAUCUUCUAUGUGUGGGUGACACCUCACAGGGUCCCUAUAGCUUCCUUGGAGACAGGGUGGUUGAGGAAAACGAGGAAGACAGACAAGAAGGUAUUGAAUUGAAACCUUGAGAGUUGCACCUUUCAAAGUUUUUUUUUUUCUUUCUGAUACUAGAAUGCCAGUACAAUCUCUUUCUUUUUUUUUUCUUUCUGAUGCUUAUGGACAGAAGUCUAUAAAAAAUCCUAUUUCCAAAAUCAAUAUAUAGAGCGAGACCCCCCAUCUUUAUGCAGUUCCAUCACGUGCUUAUGAUGACUGUUGUGUUGUAAUGUUCCAUUUUGAAUGGGCAUGAAAUUUUAAGUGAAUUGAAAUUUAGCUGUGCUGCUCAGUACCUGUACAAACAUCAAUAAUUUGGAGUGCUGUUUUGUCCUA